AUGGUGCGCAGUGCUGUUACAUUACGGCUAGGUACAAGGACGGGCUGGCUCACAAGGAUACCUGGCAGUUUCCCGGUGGGCCGGCAUAGCAUUGGGCCGGUACAUGACUGCCUAGAGCGCAGUGGUCCGGUGGGGGCACAAUCACAGGUAGACUGGCAGGAGGGGAGAGAACUGCACAGGUCUCCCAUCUCCCACACAUUCUAUAUAAUGUUCUAUAUUACACAUACAUUGUAUAUAAUCUAUAUAAUACGAUUCUGUAUAUCACACACACAUUGUAUAUAAAGUUCUAUAUUACACACAUUCUAUAUAAUGUUAUUUAUAUCACACAUAUUCUAUAUAACGUUCUAUAUUACACACACACAUUUUAUAUAAUAUUCUAUAUUACACACACAUUCUAUAUAAAAUUAUAUAUUACACAUACAUUGUAUAUAAUCUAUAUAAUAAGAUUCUAUAUACCACACACACACAUUGUAUAUAAUAUUCUGUAUAUCACACACAUUGUAUAUAAUGUUAUUUAUAUCACACAUAUUCUAUAUAGCAUUUUAUAUUACACACACAUUCUAUAUAAUAUUCUAUAUCACACACACAUUCUACAUAAUGUUCUAUAUCACACACAUUGUAUAUAAUAUUCUGCAUAUCACACACACACAUUAUAUAUAAUGUUCUAUGUAUCACACAUACAUUCUUUAUAAAUGUUCUAUAUUACACAAUCUAAAUAAAUGUUCUAUGUAUCACACACACAUUCUAUAUAAUAUUCUAUAUUACACACACAUUCUAUAAAAUAUUAUAUAUUACAAACAUAUUCUAUAUAAUGUUCUAUAUUACACACACAUUGUAUAUAAUAUUCUGUAUAUCACACACACAUUCUAUAAAAUGUUCUAUAUUACACAACCAUUCUAUAAAAUAUUCUAUAUUACACACACAUUCUAUAUAACGCUCUAUAUUACACACACAUCCCAUAUAAUGUUAUUUAUAUCACACAUAUUCUGUAUACCGUUCUAUAUUACACACACAUUCCAUAUAAUGUUAUUUAUAUCACAUAUAUUCUAUAUAACGUUCUAUAUUACACAUAUUCUAUAUUCCACAUACACAUUCUAUAUAAAAUUCUAUAUUACACAUACAUUGUAUAUAAUCUAUAUAAGAUUCUAUAUAUCACACACACAUUGUAUAUAAUGUUCCACAUUACACACACACAUUCUAUAUAAUGUUCUACACACAUUAUAUAUAAUGUUAUUUAUAUCACACAUUCUAUAUAACAUUUUAUAUUACACACACAUUCUAUAUAAAUGUUCUAUAUUACACAUUCUAUAUAAAUGUUCUAUGUAUCACACACGUUCUAUAUAAUAUUCUAUAUUACACACACAUUGUUUAUAAUAUUCUAUAUAAUAGGAUUUUGUAUAUCACACACACAUUGUAUAUAAUAUUCUAUAUAAUAGGAUUUUGUAUAUCACACACACACACACAUUCUAUAUAAUAUUCUGUAUAUCACACACACAUUGUAUAUAAUAUUCUAUAUAACAAAAUUCUGUAUUUCACACACACAUUGUUUAUAAUAUUCUGUAUAUCACACACACAUUGUAUAUAACAUUCUAUAUAAUAAUAUUCUGUAUAUCACACACACUGUAUAUAAUAUUCUGUAUAAUAUUCUGUAUAUCACACACACAUUGUAUAUAAUAUUCUGUAUAAUAUUCUGUAUAUCACACACACAUUGUAUAUAAUAUUCUAUAUAAUAGGAUUCUGUAUAUCACACACACAUUGUAUAUAAUAUUCUAUAUAAUAAGAUUCUGUGUAUCACACACACACUCUAUAUAAUAUUCUGUAUAUCACACACACAUUGUAUAUAAUAUUCUCUAUAAUAUUCUGUAUUUCACACACACUGUUUAUAAUGUUCUAUAUAAUAAUAUUCUGUAUAUCACACACACACAUUGUAUAUAAUAUUCUAUAUAAUAAGAUUCUGUAUAUCACACACACAUUGUAUAUAAUAUUCUAUAUAAUAAGAUUCUGUAUAUCACAAACACAUUGUAUAUAACAUUAUACAUAAUAAGAUUCUGUAUAUCACACACACAUUGUAUAUACAAUUCUCUAUAUCACACACACAUUCUAUAUAAUGUUCUGUAUAUCACACACACACAUUGUAAAUAAUAUUCUGUAUAUCACACACAUUAUAUAUAAUAUUCUGUACAAUAAUAUUCUGUAUAUCACACACACUGUAUAUAAUAUUCUAUAUAAUAUUUUGUAUAUCUCACACACAUUGUAUAUAAUAUUCUAUAUAAUAGUAUUCUUUAUAUCACACACACAUUGUAUAUAAUAUUCUGUAUAUUACACAAACAUUGUAUAUAAUAUUCUGUAUAACAAUAUUCAGUAUAUCACACACACUUUAUAUAAUAUUCUGUAUAUCACACACACAUUGUAUAUAAUAUUCUGUAUAUCACACACACAUUGCAUAUAAUUUUCUGUAUAAUAAUAUUCUGUAUAUCACACACACAUUGCAUAUAAUAUUCUAUAUAACAAUAUUCUGUAUAUCACACACACAUCGUUUAUAAUAUUCUGUAUAUCACACACACAUUGUAUAAAAUAUUCUAUAUAAUAAUAUUCUGUAUAUCACACACACAUUGUUUAUAACAUUCUAUAUAAUAUUCUGUAUAUCACACACACAUUGUAUAUAAUAUUCUGUAUAUCACACACAUUGUAUAUAAUAUUCUGUAUAUCACACACACAUUGUUUAUAAUAUUCUAUAUAAUAAUAUUCUGUAUAUCACGCACACAUUGUAUAUAAUAUUCUGUAUAUCACACACACAUUGUUUAUAAUAUUCUAUAUAAUAUUCUGUAUAUCACACACAUUGUUUAUAAUAUUCUGUAUAUCACACACACAUUGUAUAUAAUAUUCUAUAUUAUAAUAUUCUGUAUAUCACACACACAUUGCAUAUAAUAUUCUGUAUAUCACACACACAUUGCAUAUAAUAUUCUACAUAAUAAUAUUCUGUAUAUCACACACACAUUGCAUAUAAUAUUCUAUAUAAUAGGAUUUUGUAUAUCACACACACAUUGUAUAUAAUAUUCUAUAUAAUAGGAUUUUGUAUAUCACACACACACACAUUCUAUAUAAUAUUCUGUAUAUCACACACACAUUGUAUAUAAUAUUCUAUAUAACAAAAUUCUGUAUUUCACACACACUGUUUAUAAUAUUCUGUAUAUCACACACACAUUGUAUAUAACAUUCUAUAUAAUAAUAUUCUGUAUAUCACACACACUGUAUAAUAUUCUGUAUAUCACACACACACAUUGUAUAUAAUAUUCUGUAUAAUAUUCUGUAUAUCACACACACACAUUGUAUAUAAUAUUCUGUAUAAUAUUCUGUAUAUCACACACACAUUGUAUAUAAUAUUCUAUAUAAUAAUAUUCUGUAUAUCACACACACAUUGUAUAUAAUAUUCUGUAUAUCACACACACAUUGUAUAUAAUAUUCUAUAUAAUAUACUGUAUAUCACACACAUAUUGUAUAUAAUAUUCUGUAUAUCACACACACACACUGUAUAUAAUAUACUGUUUAUCACACACACUGUAUAAUAAUAUUCUGUAUAUCACACACACACACACUGUAUAUAAUAUUCUGUAUAUCACACACACACUGUAUGUAAUAUUCUGUAUAUCACACACACACUGUAUAUAAUAUUCUGUAUAUCACACACACACACUGUAUAUAAUAUACUGUUUAUCACACACACUGUAUAAUAAUAUUCUGUAUAUCACACACAUUGUAUUUAAUAUUCUGUAUAUCACACACACACUGUAUAUAAUAUUCUGUAUAUCACACACACAUUGUAAAUAAUAUUCUGUAUAUCACACACUGUAUAUAAUAUUCUGUAUAUCACACACACACACAUUGUAUAUAAUAUUCUGUAUAUCACGCACACUGUAUAUAAUAUUCUGUAUAUCACACACACAUUGUAUAUAAUAUUCUGUAUAUCACGCACACUGUAUAUAAUAUUCUGUAUAUCACACACACAUUGUAAAUAAUAUUCUGUAUAUCACACACUGUAUAUAAUAUUCUGUAUAUCACACACACACUGUAUAAUAAUAUUCUGUAUAUCUCACACACUGUAUAUAAUCUGUAUAUCACACACACUGUAUAUAAUAUUCUGUAUAUCACGCACACUGUUUAUAAUAUUCUGUAUAUCACACACACACACUGUAUAUAAUAUUCUGUAUAUCACACACUGUAUAUAAUAUUCUGUAUAUCUCACACACUGUAUAUAAUAUUUUGUAUAUAUGUCAGGCUGUGGCUGACUUGUUGAAGCCCCCCUCCCCCCCAUACUGAUUCCUAAUAAUAACACACAAUUUGUCAGGUUCAGCUCCCUCACUGCAUCUCAAUGAGGAACAUUAGGUUUGGCAUCAGUGGCAGGAGGGGGGGCUGUGGUCUAACACCUGGAUAAGGAAUGUCCCCCUGCCCUUUCCCCUGCCCCCCUCACCCAUUCACACGGUGCAUCAGGAGCCCAAUUCAGCAGCCCCCCAGCCCACCCCUGGGAAGCCCCUGCUAUACUGCACAGAUUGCAGCUCUCUGCCCCCCUCCCCCCUCCAUGCAGUGCAGAGUGGUUUUGCCCGAUGCUCUGUUGUAAGGGGCAGGAAGAGGCUGUCAGCUCACAGUGGUACCCAGAGCCUCAGCAUCCUGCAUCCCUAUCUGAGCAUCCUCACCCAGGCAGCCCCAGGCCAGCCAGGAGGGAGCUCCCAGCCAGCCAGGAUAACAGGUAAAUACAAUGUAACCAUUACUGGCUCCUGCCCUGCUCUCUCCCUGCAUGUUACAAGCCAGGCUGCUCACAGUGCUGUGGCCAUUUUGUCCUAGGAAUCCUUGGCUGGAUCAUUUCAGGGCUAUUGUCAUUAUAUUCUGUCAUUACAAUGUCUAGCAGGCUGGAUCCCAGCUACACACUUUCAUUUGUUCUAGAAAGGGUGUAGGGGUCCCAGAUAAGCUUGAUACAGGGCUUUCCAGGAACCUGUGCAGUUUGACCUUGGAGGGGCUGCUCUCAUCCAUCAAAUAUUACACUCCCACUCUCAGUGCCCUCAGCACACAGGGAUCAGCAGAAUGGGCUAAAUAGCCUCUAGAUAAAUCGGCAGAAUUCAGAUUAUUGGCAUUUCACAAAUCAGACACAUUACAGCAAAUGUCACUUAUUCAGUAAGCUCUCCCUGUGUAAUUAGUUGGCAUUUAAAAAAUAAUGUAUUAGAGUUAAUUGUAUAACGAGAUGGUAUGUAAGGAGUGCUCUUGACAGGAUGAUGUCUGUUUCACAAAUGGGGGAUGUAAUGAGUAGGGUAGAUGGAGGGGAGCAUGUAAUAAGAAUGGGAGAUGGGAGGGGGCAUGCAAUGAGGAGGGGAGCAUGUAAUGAGGAGGGGAGCAUGUAAUAAGAAGGGGAGAUGGAGGGGGGGAUGAAAUGAGGGGAGGUGGAGGGGGGCAUGUAAUGAGGAGGGGAGGUGGAUGGCACGUAAUGAGAAGGAAGAUGGAGGGGGCAUGUAAAUGAGGAAGGAGGUGGAGGGGGCAAGCACAAGGAGGAGGUGGAGGGCCUUAAUGAGGAGGGAGGAUGAAGGGGCAUUUAAAUGAGGAGGGAGGUGGAAGGGGUGAACAGGAGGGGAGGUGAGGGGCAUUUAAUGAGGAUGGGAGAUGGAAGGGGAAUGUAUUGAGGAGGAGAGAGCAUGGAAUGAGGGAAAUGGAGGGGGGCAUGUAAUGAGGGGAGGUGGAGGAGGCAUGUAAUGAGGAGGAGAGAUGGAGGGGGCAUGUAAUGAGGAGAGGAGGUGGAGGGGCACGUAAUGAGGAGGGGAGGUGGAGGUGGCACAAUGAGGAGGGGAUGGAGGGGCAUGUAAUGAGGAGGAGGAGUAGAGGGGGGGCAUGUAAUGAUGAGGGGAGGUAGAGGGGGGGCAUAUAAUGAGGAGGGAAGAUGGAGGGGCAUAAUGAUGAGGGGGUGGAGGGGGGCAUGUAAUGAGGGGAGAUGGAGGGGCAUGUAAUGAUGAGGGAGGUGGAGGGGGCAUGUGAGGAGGGGAGAUGGAGGGGGCAUGCAAUGAUGAGGGGAGGUGGAGGGGGCAUGUAAUGAGGAGGGGAGGGAGGGGGGCACGAAUGAGGAGGGAGGAGGGGCAUAAUGAGGAGGGAGGUGGAGGGGCAUGGAGGAGGGGCAUAUAAUGAUGAGGAGGUGGAGGGGCAUGUAAUGAUGAGGAGAUGUGGAGGGGGCAUGUAAUGAUGAGGGGAGGUGGAGGGGGCAUGUAAUGAUGAGGGGAGGUGGAGGGGGCAUGUAAUGAUGAGGGGAGAUGGAGGGGGGCAUGUAAUGAGGAGGGGAGGUGGAGAGGGCAUGCAAUGAGGAGGGGGGCCUGUAAUGAGGAGGGGGAAUGCAACGAGAAGAGCUAAGACUGGUCUUAAAACCGACUUGCUGAAUUGACCUUCAUAUUUUAUCCAUUAAAUUAUCUGAUUUGGCUAACCUGGGAUCCUCCCGCUGUCUGGGGACAAUUCCCAUGGGCAGACAGAAUUCUGGGUAAUGGAGCCAUGUCCUCUUCUGAGACAGUAAGAUACAGCCAGAUGUAAUAAUGUUUAUAUCAACACGAGCGAGAUUUCAGGCAGUAAAAGGCCCAACUCAGGAGAUAUGGGGGGGGGGGGGAUUUAAACUACAGAACCAAUUAAUCCAUAGGAGCCAGGAAUUGUGAAAACUAUUAACCGGUUACAUUUAUUGCCAAAUGUCUGCACACCCGAAUUAUGCAGGAAUCGUGGAUAAUUGACCAGGAAAUUACCCAUUUUAAGAAAGAAGGAAAAAUAAAUAAACUGGUAAUUGGCUGAAAAAAUUAUCCCAAAUCAUUUAUUUUUACCUACAAAUAUGAAUUCACCCGUUAAUUUGAACAAGUUGUAAUUCCCAGCUGGUGAUUAUCCAGUUGCCGUAUGUGAUGUUUAACCCAUUAGGAUCGAGGCCCCAGACGUUGCAGUCCAUUCGGCGUGCGCUGUAAUGACACAGGGUCCUGGAGUGAUGUCACAGCGACCUGCAUUAUAUCUCAGUGCCAGAACCCAUGCAUCUCCUUUACUACAACACUCAAAUGUGGGAAAAUGGGCAGAGAGUGAGGGAAUGGGCACAGAAGAGAAUGGGUAAAAACACAAAUACACCAUGCAUUCACACACACUGACCCUAACACACAAAUACACCCUGCAUUCACACACACUGACCCUAAAACACAAAUACACCCUGCAUUCACACACACUGACCCUAAAACACAAAUACACCCUGCAUUCACACACACUGACCCUAAAACACAAAUACACCCUGCAUUCACACACACUGACCCUAGAACACAAAUACACCCUGCAUUCACACACACUGCAUUCACACACACUGACCCUAAACACAAAUACACCCUGCAUUCACACACACUGACCCUAAAACACAAAUACACCCUGCAUUCACACACACUGACCCUAGAACACAAAUACACCCUGCAUUCACACACUGACCCUAAAACACAAAUACACCCUGCAUUCACACACACUGACCCUAAAACACAAAUACACCCUACAUUCACACACACACACACACACACACACUAAUCCUCAACACAAAACACAAAUACACCAUACAUUCACACAUACACUGACUGACUUACACAAACUGAACUCAACUCAAACUAAUUAUUGUUUGUGGCAGCAGGUAGCCUUUAGGUUUGGCUGUAGUUUAGGGUAUAAUAAUCUGAACCCACCAAUCACAAAGGGCUGCUACUUAGCUAGUAUCUGGGAUAAUCAGAGGGUUGGCUUGUUUUGAGAUUCCCGGUGCAGCCAUUGCCAGCCCUGUCUGUCACAAUCCAAACUAACUGUGCCAUGAGAAGGAAUUGCUGCAGGCUCACAGUGCUGGUCGGAGCGGCCUGUUAUCCCAGCCAAACAUCAGCACCGAUGGUACACAUAUCAAACAGAAGUGAGACUUAAUGGCAAUUAACCUUUUCCACUAGUCACCAUGGUAACUGUAUCCCCAAAAUAGACAGAAUCCGGUAUUCAUCUUACAGUAACUGAAACUGUAUCGAUCCUGGGAUCUGGUGUGUACGUAGAGGUGGCUGUUAACGCCUCCGCCUACUCGCACAUCGAGCGAAGCGUUAAUGAACAUUUGUAAGACUGACGAUUCUAAAACAUAUUGCGUUAACAACACUCAAGGUGUUGUUAACGCAAUUCUGAAUCAACAAGUACGAAACUAAAUGCAAUGAAUGACGUUUUGUUUACAAAGUUUGAUUUAACAAAUAUUGGUUGUUAUUUUUACAAAAAAAGUUAAUAUAUAAAUAAGUGAUCGUGUAUUCAGUAAACGUUUAAUCGUUAUAAAGAGGACAUCACAUGAUACGUAGAUGCAAGCUGUACGGUUUGUCUUAGGUCAGUGGGCGAUAUUCUUGGUAGAGGUAGCUGAAUGUAAUAAAGGCGGUGAGGGAAUAUAUUCGUAAUAAAAUAAAGGAUUAGAUGGCAUUUGGAAUCCUUUAGAUCAAACAACGUUACAUCCUAAUAAACAGCCCUAACCACACGUACCUUUACACAAUACACAAAGCACUUAUUAGUUUUAAUCAUCAUGAAACGUUUAUAGUUGUGGUUCAGCAAUCAGAAAAUAUAAUGUGAUUAAAGAAACACAAAGUGUAAUGCGUUUCCACUGAGAGGCAAGUGCUCAGCAAAUUCAUUUAGAAGCCUAUCAGCCGACGAUCGCUUUGUGAACUCGUUCUGUGACAUACAGUGACUUGUAACUGGUCAUUAAGUGGUUAAAGUAACAGGAGAUAUUUUUGUUCGAUACCGUUUUAUGUAAUAUUAUUUUGCUUUUAUGUUGCGAUAAUAUAGGUACGGUUUUACCUUACAGGCCCUUAUUUUCAAUCAAUUGCUUAGGAUGUUGACUAGCAUAUAUUUUUCAAUGCAUAUAAUGAAUAUUGAUGAAAAAACAAAACAAAAAAAAACAUUUACUAAAAUGAGCUCUAAUAUUUUAAUAUUUUUAAGUUUUGAAAACGUACUCUUCAUUAGUCAAAAUCUUACUGAGCAUAAUUGGAAUUGUAGUCCAGGAAGGGCAAGCGCUGCCUUGCACUCAUUUUGAUAGGGCAUUGGACACAGGUAAAUGAGAAUAGAUCAUUUAGAAAAUGUAAUUACGUACAGCGCAUAGACAGCAUUUAAACAUCCGAGGAACGAACGAGACACAAUUCGAUUUUAUGAAUAUUCCUUUACUGCCCUUUUAAUAGAGCGGACAUUGUAACUUCAGAGGUUGGCAGAUUAUCAGAAGGUUGUUGCCCCCCGAGUGGGCAUUAAUUGCAAAUUACCCAGUUUGAGGGCUGCAUUUAUUCCAUUUCAAAAGCAGCCAUUCCCACAGGCCUGGCAGGCUGGGGCUCCCAGCGUAAUAAUCUAUAAAUAUCCAGAAUUCCUUACACAUGGUUACACACACAGCCCUCCCUGCCACGGCUAAGAAUAGAUGGCUGAGGAGGCGGGAGUAGUGAUGGGAUGGAUGCAGCGUGGCCCGCACUGAACGCCAAUCUGUCUUUGCACUUGGAAUAUUGAGCAUCCGAGAAGUAAAGACUGACGUAGAGUGAUGAGCGAUUCUUUAUUGACACAGUUUGUGUUUACUAGAUGGACUGAGACACUGCUUGCUUUUCUCUACAAGUUAAAUCACAGGUUCGGGCAGAGGAGCGUCCCUUGGGGCCCAACGUUACAAUCAAAACAUGUUUAGAACGAGGCCUGCCUGCUUUACUGUUAGUGUAUCAGGUGUGAACAGGGCUGUAAAGGGUUCAAUUCUAGAAAACCAUUCAAAUCGUAUCAAUUGCUGCUGUGAUAUUAGAUUGCUAGCUCUGUUGAGCAAGGCUCUCUCAGUGGUGUUUUAUUCACUAAACUGUGACAAGUCAGAAAUUAACACAUUUUAGGUCAAAGAGCAGCUCUGGACACACAGCCGACUUUGAAAUAAAUUUCUAUGUUGGCUUUAUUGACCUAAACUUUAAUUCUACGGUGAAUUUAUAACAAUUCACAUCUCGGCUUUACCGCGAUAGUCUAACACAGGGCUCUAUUAAUACACAAUAACACUCAUACACCUUUACUGCGAUAGUCUAACACAGGGCUGUAUUAAUACACUAUAACACUCAUACACCUUUACUGCGAUAGUCUAACACAGGGCUGUAUUAAUACACAAUAACACUCAUACACCUUUACCGCAAUAGUGUAACACAGGGCUGUAUUAAUACACUAUAACACUCAUACACCUUUACCGCAAUAGUGUAACACAGGGCUGUAUUAAUACACUAUAACACUCAUACACCUUUACUGCGAUAGUCUAACACAGGACUGUAUUAAUACACAAUAACACUCAUACACCUUUACUGCGAUAGUGUAACACAGGGCUGUAUUAAUACACAAUAACACUCAUACACCUUUACUGCGAUAGUGUAACACAGGGCUGUAUUAAUACACUAUAACACUCAUACACCUUUACUGCGAUAGUCUAACACAGGGCUGUAUUAAUACACUAUAACACUCAUACACCUUUACUGCGAUAGUCUAACACAGGGCUGUAUUAAUACACUAUAACACUCAUACACCUUUACUGCGAUAGUGUAACACAGGGCUCUAUUAAUACACAAUAACACUCAUACACCUUUAUUGCGAUAGUCUAACACAGGGCUGUAUUAAUACACUAUAACACUCAUACACACUGUGAAGAAAUUCCCCUCUUUUGCUUUAAACUGACAAUUUGUAUUCCCUUCUUUUAUGUUCACUUUCCCUAUGGCAUUCGGUAGGUGAAACUACCGAAUCGAGACCACCCUGUUGCCCAUUAUGCAUACUUUACCUCCCUGCUUGCUGGGCAUGUUCGACCAAAGUUCUGCACGAACGGUAUGCACCGCCGCCAUUUCAGGACUUCCACGUGUUCGCAGCCAUUUUAGCUCCUGAACAGCGGUGUUUGCCGUCGAGUGUCUGGAACUGAAAACCGACACUCAAAUAGGCGAACACCGCUGAAUCCUCCAUACCUUCGGUAAAACCCCAUUAAAACUACCGAACGACCGGGCUUUCGGUAGAAAGACUCACUGACAGAUGGGGAAUCAAGCGAACCAAGGAUGGUAGCAGCAUGGCCGGCCGUUCGGGAGGUUUUUCAUGCGACCUAAGACCGACUGCAGGGCCAGAAUUCAUGGAACUGUUUUCGGCUACUUUGCCCGUGCAGUCGGUCAAAACUUCUAAGUCCCAUAUCUCCCGAACGGCUGAACCGAAUGGACUGAUUUUUUCAUAUGUUGGUCCCCCAGAGUACAGCUAUCUGUCCUUGGGGUACAUCCAGACUUUGGAGAAAUGAUGUUCCUUUUUAAUUAUGUUAAAUGGUUAUCUGAGGGGAGGAGAUGUACAGUAUGUAUAUUGUUAUGAUUGGUUGUACAGUUAAUUAUAUGGGCAGAAUCCCAUAAAAAGAGAAUGCCUGUCAAUAAAUCCUUAGUUCAUCUUUGUACCCUUCUUCUGACUACGUAUGCUGUUUGGGAGUUCGUGUGUUUAUCCAGGGACGCUAUUGGAAUUACACUGGGAUUCGUCUACUCAUAACUACCGAACGGAGGGCUAUAUUCACUGGGCUCUGGUGGUUCAGGAGGAAACUACCGAUUGAGGUUUAAAUGUACUUGGUUUCCUUACACACACCUUUACCAGCUACGAAAAUGCACAAAACGUUAUAUCUUGGCAAUCACUUAUAAAACAGAACAGAUUUGGGCUAAAAAUAAAAAAAUCUAAUUAUAAAAAUAAAAGCACAUUUGCGCGGUUGUCAUAAAUUUAAAAUAUUAAUAUGUGAUCCAGGGGAAUCUGACCAAAUUAGUCUCUCCUCUCUGAUGAUGUUGAUUAAAAAUCCAUUAAUUUUAGCACAUAUUAUCGUCCACCAUCUUGCAUGCCUCUGUCGAGACCAGGGCUUGACAAAUUUGCUUAGAAUCUAGGAGCCAGCGAAAUCAAGACCACAAAAUACAAUUCUUAAAGGGACACUAUAGUCACCAGAACCACUACAGAUAAAUGUAGUUGUUCUGAAGUCUAUAUCCUGACCCUGAACGCUUUUUCAUGUAAACACAGACUUUUCAGACAAAAGGCAGUGUUUACGUUGCUGCCUGGUGACACCUUUAGUGACAGUCACUCAGACGGCCUGUAGAGGUGCUUCCUGGGUCAGUGCGUCACACUGUGCAGUACCUAUGUUAAUGUUCCCUAUAGGGAUGUAUUGGUUCAAUGCAUCUCUACGAGAAGUUAAAUUGGCUCGGUGGCAUUUUGCCGUGCAUGCGCAAUAGUUUAACAAUGCUUUCCUAUAGCAUUGGAUUGGCUGAGAUCGUCAAGAUUGAUGAUCUCAGCCAUGGAGGAGGGGCCAGCCGCGGAAUCACCAGCACGUUGUGGGAAAAAUGGUAAGUAAAAACACACACAAUCACUGACCGAGACACACAGACAUACAGACACAUUCACAGACACACUCACUCACAAAUAAUUACAUUUUUUUAUUUUAAUGUAAAUCCACCCAGUCUCCCUCAGCUCUCCAUUUUCCAGCCAGACGCCCCCUCCAUUCUUCAGUCAGCCACCCACCUCCCUACCUUAGCUCUCAAUGAGCCGGCCACCUUUCUCCCUCACUCAGCCGCCUGCCUCAGCCCUCAGUGAGCAGACUGCCUGCCUCUGCUCUCAGGCAGCCGGUCAUCUCGGGGUUGAACAGGCUCACAAAUCCCAAGCGUCAGGACAAAUUUCUUGGUCGCCAUGACAACCUGGCAUCUGGGAUUUGCCAAACCCUGGACUUUUGGCGCCAUUUUUAUUAUUUGAAUUUAUAUCAUAUUCUGGUACGCGAGAUUUGAAGAAGUUCUCCAAACCAGCUAUUUUACUUUAAAUUUCCAUUUAUUUAAUAACUGUAUCCACUCUGACAUAGGAAGGGAGCGAUGCUAAACAGCUGAUCUCCGGUUAACAUCGCUCCCAAUAUAGUCGUAUUUUCAAGGCAGUGGUGAAAGAACUGGCAUUUUAGAAACAUAGAAUGUGACAGCAGAUAAGAACCAUUCGGCCCAUCUAGUCUGCCCAAUUUUCUAAAUACUUUCUUAUAGUUAGGAUAGCCUUAUGCCUAUCCCACGCAUGCUUAAACUCCUUUACUGUGUUAACCUCUACCACUUCAGCUGGAAGGCUAUUCCAUGCAUCCACUACCCUCUCAGUAAAGUAAUACUUCCUGAUAUUAUUUUUAAACCUUUGUCCCUCUAAUUUAAGACUAUGUCCUCUUGUUGUGGUAGUUUUUCUUCUUUUAAAUAUAGUCUCCUCCUUUACUGUGUUGAUUCCCUUUAUAUAUUUAAAUGUUUCUAUCAUAUCCCCCCUGUCUCGUCUUUCCUCCAAGCUAUACAUGUUAAGAUCCUUUAACCUUUCCUGGUAAGUUUUAUCCCGCAAUCCAUGAACCAGUUUAGUAGCCCUUCUCUGAACCCUCUCUAAGGUAUCAAUAUCCUUCUGAAGAUACGGUCUCCAGUACUGUGUACAAUACUCCAAGUGAGGUCUCACCAGUGUUCUGUACAAUGGCAUGAGCACUUCCCUCUUUCUACUGCUAAUACCUCUCCCUAUACAACCAAGCAUUCUGCUAGCAUUUCCUGCUGCUCUAUUACAUUGUCUGCCUACCUUUAAGUCAUCAGAAAUAAUCACCCCUAAAUCCCUUUCCUCAUAUGUUGAGGUUAGGACUCUAUCAAAUAUUCUGUACUCUGCCCUUGGGUUUUUACGUCCAAGAUGCAUUAUCUUGCACUUAUCCACAUUAAAUGUCAGUUGCCACAAUUCUGACCAUUUUUCUAGUUUACCUAAAUCAUUUGCCAUUUAGCUUAUCCCUCCUGGAACAUCAACCCUGUUACAUAUCUUAGUAUCAUCAGCAAAAAGACAUACCUUACCAUCAAGACCUUCUGCAAUAUCACUAAUAAAAAUAUUAAAGAGAAUGGGUCCAAGUACAGAUCCCUGAGGUACCCCACUGGUGACAAGUCCAAGCUUCGAAUAUAUUCCAUUAACUACAACCCUCUGUUGCCUGUCACUCAGCCACUGCCUUACCCAUUCAACAGUAUUGGAAUCCAAACUUAAAGAUUGCAGUUUAUUGAUAAGCCUUCUAUGUGCAACAGUGUCAAAAGCCUUACUGAAAUCUAGGUAAGCAAUGUCUACUGCACCACCCUGAUCUAUAAUUUUAGUUACCCAAUCAAAAAAAUCAAUAAGAUUAGUUUGGCAUGAUCUCCCUGAAGUAAACCCAUGUUGUCUCUGAUCUUGAAAUCCAUGUGUUUUUAGAUGUUAAACAAUCCUAUCCUUUAACAUGGUUUCCAUCACUUUCCCCACUAUUUUAAAUGCGCUUGUUUCAUUCGCCCCACCCCCUUUCUUUGCAAUGCGUUCAUAUGUUUAACAAACUCUGAGCAAUGCCUAUUGGCUGCUCACUCUCUAAACCUCCUUGCAAUGAUGGGAGGAGACUAAAUCCAGCAAUAUGGUGCCAGAUUUUAGCACACUAGGAGACCGAAUGCCAGACUUCAAAACAGGCCAAAUAUAUCACUUGUACAUGGAGCAGGCAAACUGCUAACAAAAUGUAUGGAUCAAACAUCCUUCCUGUGAGAUUUAAAAGUGACAUUGUCCUAAGACUGUAAGUGCCAAGUCUGGUGGGUGGCUGUAACUCUGCCAGGCUAGGGGAUAAAUUAAGCUGGGUUCGGCAUUGUGAGAGAGUACCGAGGCACCUUUAACCCAGGUUAGGGCUCACAUCAAACAUUCUACAUUUAAUAUUUAUGCUGGCUGAAAAUUAUGCCAACAAGGUCUAGAGAGCACCGUAUAAAAUUGACCUGAAUAUUAUAACGGGGGUUAUUCAAUAACCAGUGAAUGAAAAACGGAAUCUAAUAUGUAAUAUGGUAGAACAUACCUCGUUAAUACCAACCACACUGUUAUUUGUCUAUUAAUAGAGAAUAUAGAGGAGAGGGGUAAGGACCGUAUGGAGAUAUUCAGUGCCGGAUAUACGUAGAUUAAUCAAAGUGACAGGGCUGCAAAUUUACCCAACUUGCUGAAGCAGCAAAAAUCUCUCCUUCCAGCCAGUUUGUGGCUCCCAGGGACGUCACAUCAGUCGCCUCAGGGUAGAAAUCCUAUUUUAUGCCCCAAACAUAGAUAGAUCUCAUAACGCCAAGAUCCCAAAGGAAUCAAAGUGUAAGAAGAAGGUUAAAUUACUAGAAUAAUAAAUCAAUCGCAAAAAAAGAUGUGGGAUGUUGGAUAUAACAGAGGGAUUGGUUUGGAAGGUUCCGUGAAUGGAAUACUUCACAGAAAGGCUAGUAGGUGCUCAGAAUUCCGAUCUAGGAGGCGUGACAUCAUGUAGCAUCUUUUCUACCAAUAUCAGUUUUCGGAACGGUUCCAGAGUGCCCCCGGCACUCGGUUUUAGUUGUAAGCCAAUAACGUUGGGUAGAAUUAGGGCUUUAAUGCAUUUGACUCAGCCCUUCAUCCUUCCCAGGUAGAUAAAAUGAGUACCAUUAAAUUGGGUAAUAGUAACAUCUCCAGGACGUACUUUGAAACCAGAGUAAUCUGAAUCUACCUUUCCUGGUUAAAUACUUUGGUAUUAUUAUUUAGGACCCGGUAAAUGUUAGGGUCUGAGAUAAUACAGAGCUCUGUGAGAUAAGAGGCAGAUAAGGUGGAUUUACUUCCCUCCUUUGGUAUUUGAGAUUAUUAUAUCGACCCACCAUAUUUCACAGUGCUUUACAUUGGAAAGAGGAUAUUCAGAGGUUUAGAAGGCCCCGUGAGUGAAUGAGCUUACAAUCUAUCAGGAUUUGGAGUAGGCAAAAUUAAAUCAUUAAGGGACACUUACUGCCGAGGUGAUCAAACAGAUUUAAAUUUCCCAUUUCUAAGGCCGCAACAUUAUCACUAAUGCCCUAACCAGCUGAUAUAUAAAGAGAUCCCCGGGAUAAGAGCUCGGACAAGCUGUAUUUUCCGACUUAUGGGUGUCUGAGCUAAUAAACAGCGCUGUGGGCGGAGACAUAUGCCAUGGCGUAGUGUUGCUCUAGGUCACAGGAAUUUCUCUAAAUGCCCUGCAUGUUCAUAUACUGCCUGGAAGUCCCACAGACCAAAUCCCUGAGGCGGUUUGUCAAAGUGUAACCAUGGUGACAGGUACCAAAACCCCUCAGUUACAUGGACAAUAUUUUACUUAGAUUCAGACACCUCUCAUCUUAUAAAAUUAAGUAUGCUCCCCUAAGGCUUCAGGAAACAUAUGGACACCACAGGCAGCACCAUCAUAAUCUAUUAUUUUAUCAUUUGCAGUAAAUGAUUUUGCAUUUCUACUUGUAAUAUGAUUUGCACAAAGGUUAAUUUGCCCAAAAUACCCCAAUUUCUCAGAGUUCGCACCAUUAGCAGAUUUCCUUAUAAACCAAUCAUCGGGCAACGCUUUAAAUAAUACAGUAAAAAGUAUUUUUCAUGAAGUGACAUCUCUUUGGAUUUUCUUCUGUUAUGAUAAAGGAAGGCUAAGGACCCCUUUCUCAUUCCAGUGGCACGGAAAGCGCGGUGUCUGACAAAUUGCUGCAGUGUUAAUCUAGUCCGCCUGAUAGACUGACUGGAAUGGAGGAGGGGGGGGGGGGGAUAUCAAAGCAGACUAGAAAUUCUGCACAUCAACAUCACAGUCCUGCCUGGGUCACCAUCUCCGGGCCAUUAAUCAGACAGCGGGGGCUGAAGGACACCCCCCAGAGCCUUCAUCCUCUCCAGACAAAUUGUGUCAUUUCAUGGGGUUCUGCUUCUGUAGUCCUACAAACGGCAGAUGUAGAGAUCAUCAUAUAUAGUCCAAGAUGUCAUCGGCAUCACAACAUCCAUGACGCAGGCUUCAAUUCUGCGUCUGUCAGUACUGCAACUCCUAUCAUGUCAACCGGCUGUUUACCAGCGGAUAUCUACUACUUAGAUAGCCCAUUACGGUCAUAGGGUAAAAGGGCUGUAAAUUGGAACAUUUCCAGAGGAGCUCAAAGAAAUCCGUAGGUGAAUUACAUCCUCCCCCUAUAGUAAGCACUCACAGGCAGCUAGCCCUGGUACUGCAGAGGUUUGUGAACUACAUUCCCCAUAAUGCUAUUCAGCCAGGGAUAUCCAGUAGUGACCCGCAAGUAACUGCUGGACAUUUAUUUAUAAAAACAUUUAUAUAUUGUAGACCAAGACCCUUGUUACAACUAAUUUUCUGCUGCCCCUGUUAUGGGGCAAUAAAGUAGGAGGAAAAAUAGAAAGGAAGACUGGAAAGUCUCAUGAACCUCUGCCUUAAAUAAAGUAUGGGUUUCUAUACGCCCUCACAUUGUUCCAGUUAGAAUCACAAGCACGCAUCACAUUUAAUUAACGUGCACACAAGGUGUUUUUUACAAUGAUUUUUAUAGAAUAUUUAAGCAACAAUAAAUGCUCAAUCACAAAGCGUAUUUAUUGUUAUUUAUAAAUGAAUCGUCGUUCAGACAGUUUUACUGAUGUGUUCUGGAGUAAAGAAUAGCUCUUUUUAUAAAAUAGGCUCAAAUCAUCCCUCCUGCAUUGAUACCCAAUCCUACGGCCUGGUUUCAUGAUCAUCACCCUCACCCAAAUAAUGAUCUAAAUAGGUAGGUUACAAAAAACAGGGACAGAGAGGAAAGCCAGGUCCUGCGUUUCCGUGACCCUGAACGUGGUCUCAUUACAGACAUUACAUGGUCCUUCAAUUUUCUUUUUAAGUUGAUCUCACUUGCUGGAAUAUGACAGGAUUGCCUGAUGUGAAAGCGUGUAAGCCCGUCAUGGGGUGAGGGAUAGGAAGAUAGGCAGCCGCAGAGGGAAUGUGAGAACUGGCUGGGGCUGCGCUCGCUGCUCUGCAGCCAAUCCCUGUGGGAGAAAGGAGGACAUUGAUUUUCCUAAAUGGUGUACAUGAGCAGUCAUUUCUUUUAUUAUUUAAGAAGUUUAAAGAAAGAUUCAUACAUUGACUUUAAAAAUAAAAUAACUUUAGACUACUUUUUAAGGUGCCAAGAGAAGUCCAUAUGGCCCAGCAACAUUAUCUAAAUUGUCAUGGUUCAGUCUAUGAGUGGCCAGAGACCUACAGAAAGAUACCGAGGAUAUCUAAGAAGAGAUGAUUGUUUUCUCGAACAAUUCAUUUCCUUUUUGUCUGUAAUCAUUGUCUUUCCAGCAAACAGCACAUUGUACAGAGCUGCAAUCACUUAAUACGUGUUAAGUGAGUCCUUAACUUUUUUAGGAAUGACCUAGGUGAGACAUGAUGACACAGCGGCUGCCACGAGUUUAAACUAGGACAUUAUGUGAAAACCGUGGCACUUCACAGAUACCCUUAAAAAAAUUUCAACAUAGUAUGCUCAUGAAUUUGACUGGGAAAAGGCUCCUCAUUGCCACUUGUACGUGAUGAACCUGGAAGAGGGGGUGGGGAGAGAACAACGAAUAUACAAAUUCCACCAUUUCUAAUUUUUCAGACUGUAACUGGGACUCUUGUUUAGAUCAAUGUUACACCAUAUAUAAUGGGAGGCAUUAGGACAAUAAUGGCCAAACGUUUUUGCUAUUUUUCCCAAUUUCCUAAAAUUGGCCAUUCCUUGGCAGCCCUCCACUGAAUAGCAAAGCGUAAUGCAUUUUAUUAUUAGACUUGAGUGUAGACACUAUGGGUGGAUUUACAAAGACCUUUAAAAGGUAUAGAAUUGGGGUCUGGCUGAAGUGAGAGACUUCACGUUUAAAGCGACAGGAAACCUAAGCAUCAUGGAGUCAGCUCGCGGUGUGAAAACGUCACACUUCUUCAAACAUACAGGCAGUUUUAAAGAAUUAUGACGAACUGAGCCUUGUCACGUGUUCUUGGAGGGGCCUGCAUCUUACCAAAAGACUAUGGGCCCUUUAAAAAAAAAAAAACAACAACAAAAAAAAACUAUGUGAACAGACUUGGUUCGUGUAUUUGAACUAUAUGGUUCGGGAACUGAACAGCCGCACAAACCGUACACCCCCCUGGAGCUUGUUAGGCCUAAUUGAAACUUUGUAGCAAUUUUCACUGCAGUGUUCUAAGUGUUCGUCUGGGUGGCCGCAUUCCCUAUUAACGACCACGAGGUGGCGGCCAUCUUGUUCACACGAACGCAGGCAGCGGUGGUCGUUGAGUUUAUGGAACUAUUUUUGGACACUGAAACUCCCGAACACCGCUGGACUUCCAUGAUCACCUGCAUUUGGUUCUACCCUACUUAGAAAGGCGCUGUUCGGUGGAAAUGUUCCCACGAACAAGGGGAACAAGCUCCAGGGUAAGACUAUUGAUUCUGUUUGGUAGUUUGUUUGUUUUCAAACUACCGAACUAUACCGACUGCAAACCCUGAUUCUCUGGAACUGUUUUGGGCAUGGGACCAUGCCUGUGGUCGGUAAAAUGUGACUUCCGUAGAAUUCCUGAACCCCUGAACUGAUCUGGGUGAUUUUUGGAUAUGUUGAUCACCCAGAUCAGGGCUAUCAGAUGUAACAUUUGUGAGGUUUUAAGUAUUUUUAGGGUGUUUUGAAAAAAUAUGUUUUUUCUGUGCUUGUAGCUAAUUGCAUUAGAAUUAAUACAGUUACUGAUCCAAUUAUCUCUCAGGCAGAGGGGAGGGAUUGCAUGUUUGUAUAUGGGAGUGUCGUGCAUUUAAAUUCUAUUGUCAUUGGUCUGUGACUUUGUAUUGUUGUCCCCCACAAGGUCCAUGUGGGAGUGCCCCUUGCAUGGGGACUUGCAUAUAAGGCCAGUUGUGGCUACCAUUACACUGAGAUUCGUUUUACCCUUCAUGAAGUCUAGGCUGAUGUUUGUGGGAUUAGAGAGCUAUAUUCACUCUGGGGAUUGCUAUAAUCACUAUACUCCCUUGGAUUACAACACUUGCCUGCUUAGCUCUCUGGACUAGGAGGUUUUUGGGGUUUACGAUGGUUAUGAUGUUCCAGUGCGGUGCUUAUGGUACUUGCAAGUUCUAGGAAGUAGCGAUUGAUGAAGGUACCCGGUCGGGGUGCCAGGCAGUCCGUCACACAAAUAUUUUGAAAUAUAAAAAUAACAGGUACUUCUAUUACAGAAACACAAUUUUAAUGGUUCUUUAACAUUAUACCAGUAUCCCAAACAGGACUGUAAAAAAAAGCAAGAAUUGUUGGGAAUUCAAAGUGAAUUUGAAAUUUAAAGGGACACAAACCAGUAUUCCUAAUGCAAUAAUGAAACCUUACCUAUAUUGCCAUCAGCCACCCCCCACUAUGAAGUGACCGCAUUAAAAAGCUUGACCGAUGUGUUAAUGUGAAAACAAAAUAGAGAUUAAGGAAUAGAGAGUACAAAAAUACAGUUUGUUUUACAAUGCUACUUCAAAUCACAUAUCUUAAACAAAUAUGUGGAUUCAGUUACACCAUAUUUUGUUAAGUAGCCUUGAAAAGCUGUAUUUUUUUGUGUGUGCUGGUCCUUAAUCUCUAUAUUUUGGGAUUUACGGCAGCACCACUGAGGUGAUCAUCCCCAAUUCUAAGAAUUUUACCAUAUCAUUGAGAGAACUUAAAUAGAUUUAAUAUUUUCAUGCAUAGUUACAUUUUCCCACACACAGAAAACAGUGAAUUUUAAAAGCCUCUCCACUGCCCAAAUAAAAAAAUUUCCCCAGAUAAACAUACAUGUAUUUAAUUAUGUUUUUUCAUUGUGGAUAUAUCUAAAAUGUUUGCAAUAGCUGCAGUUCUCUUGUCUGCAGCCUUUACAAGCCCUCCCCUUCUAACCCCGCCCAGACUUGCUGUGUCUGUCCAAUCACAGGCUUCCCAAUGCAGCUCAAUGAGAAGUCUGAAUAAGGCAGGUGCUCUGGGCAAUUGCUGCCUCUAGAGUUUAUCUCCACUGAGCUAACCAACCAGUAAGCAACAGGACCGGAUGUUUUUGGUGUGUCCCUUUAAAGGCUGUAUGCAGAAUACAUAUCCUGCAUACAGCCAGCUAUCCCGAUUAGAUCUAGAUUGGAUAUAUGGCACAAUUUGAUUUUCCACGAUCGGGCUCGGAGCCUAGAAAGUGCCUUCAUGUUUGCGAAGGUUUGCUAGUUCUCAGACUCUGCAAAACACACGCCCUGGGGGUAGUUUAAAUACUGGAAGACGUACCAGUGACAAUCUAAUUAUAGCGGUUUCGCAGAGCAAAGUACAUUAGAGAUAAGUAACCAGCAUUAAAAAUGAUUCACUGUGUCUCUGGCACACCGAGGGGUUUAUUCUGCAUUAUUGAUUUGUUUAACAAUGCAUGCAGUGCCUACGCUGGGUAUAGGGUACUACAGGAGGGGGGAAAUGUGAUGUCGGUACUUACAGCCCCGAGAAGACCUUCCAAGAACAGAAUACACGGUUCGCCAUAAAUAUACUCAGAACAAGGACAGGCCCUGGGGAGUUUAAUCACUAAGUCAGGACAUGUGGAGACGUAACAAGGGUAAAUUAUAGGCCAGAUCAGCAGAACCGGAGUGUUUCUUUUUCACUUCGAACAUUGAGCCUUUUACUCCCUCUUUCAUUCUCCACAAUUCUCCGUUUAGUAAAUAUUGUCUUACCUUGAAUCCAUAACACUCCAACCAGAACUUUUACUGUCUGAACAAUAAGGCGACGAUUGAUGCACAAAAUGUAUGCCAUCUCCACACACGCAAUCAUCCGCUUCAUACAACGCCUCCACCAAAACAGUCACCAACGGCAGGGGCACACAUAAUGCGGAGUGAUAACGGGAGCGGCCAACAGCCUAUUGCAGUUUAAGAAUGUUUGGAUUUAUAGGCCAUCACUAUCUGGGGAGUUGGGGGCCGCAGAGUUCGAGAUUCCUGCUCUUGAAGCUGUGGCAGCGCCAACAUGUUCAUAAAGCAACUCUAGAGCCCGCGUCGCUAGCCAUGGUUAUAGCAGAGGAUAGAGUCGCAUUAUGGAAGCGGCUUUAUCCUUCAGCUGAUCGAUUGGGCCCACGUGUAACAAGGUGUAAUGCUAGGAAGAACAAAGGGUUAAGGAACAUCUGUAUCCCUGCAUGCCAUUUGAUGUGGGGGGGAGGGGCAGCAUCUAUCCUGCGCUGUAAUAACAUACACCAUUAUAAUAACAGUACUGUAAUUGUGUUAUAAAUGCGAAACGCUCACAUCAUCACUAAAAUAAAUAGAAAGAACCCAAUUUAACAUAAUUAUCCAGACAUCUAUUGGUGUCCAGAUCUUACUUAGGAAAGGAGAACUGGCUGUAAUAUUUAUACAGCACCAACAUAGUCUGUAGCUCUGCACAAUGUAAUAUGAUCCAGCAGCACAAGGGUGGUAAAAUGGGUCACUUUCCUGGACAAAAGGUAAUUUAAUAAGUAAAGAAAAUAAGAGGCUGCAGCUAAUCCAGGGUGAUAACGCGAAUCUCACACGAACGACGUCUGGAAGAAAAGAUUUGUUAAAGGCUACGAUGAAACGCUUGUCAUUACUGGCUUUUAUCACUCAAGCUGGUUGCCAUGGCGACUGGCUCGUGCAUCCAUAUUACGUUAACAGACUGAUGAUUUUUCCACCUCCCUCCCCUCGGAGACAUUUAUUUUCUCCUGGAGACGGGAGGGGGCUGUGCAAUCUCCGCUGGAACUUAAUCUUCUCUCAUGCGGGGCCACGGAAAAUGCUUUACAUAGACAGAGAGUCAGCAGGGACUGAGCCAGCGAGGCAGAGAAUUGUGAUUGCACUCACUGUGAGAGUGACAUGGAGAGACUGCCCCACUGGGUGCCAUCAGCAUGUUCGACAAGUGCAACUAAACACUGCGUGACAGGAAGAAAGGACACGUCACAGUAUAACCAAAUGUAUACACCUGUCGGCCCCUCACAGCCAAGACACCAGUCGGCCCCUCACAGCCAAGACACCAGUCGGCCCCUCACAGCCAAGACACCAGACGGCCCCUCACAGCCAAGACACCAGUCGGCCCCUCACAGCCAAGACCCUAGUCGGCCCCUCACAGCCAAGACCCCAGUCGGCCCCUCACAGCCAAGACCCCAGACGGCCCCUCACAGCCAAGAUACCAGACGGCCCCUCACAGCCAAGACACCAGACGGCCCCUCACAGCCAAGACACCAGACGGCCCCUCACAGCCAAGACACCAGACGGCCCCUCACAGCCAAGACACCAGACGGCCCCUCACAGCCAAGACACCAGUCGGCCCCUCACAGCCAAGACACCAGUCGGCCCCUCACAGCCAAGACACCAGUCGGCCCUCAUAGUCACCACAAGGUGUAAUAAAAAAAGUACUCUAUAGAGUGUCCAGGGGGGAUAGAGUACUCCAGAGAGUGUACAGAGUACCCUAUAGAGUGUCCAGGGGGGACUAUAGAGUAAUCUACAGAGUAUACGGGGGGGGAAUAGAGUACUGUAUAGAGUAUACGGGGAGGGAUAGCGUACUGUAUAGCGUUUACGGGGAGGGAUAGAGUACUGUAUAGAGUGUACAGGGAGGCAUAGAGUACUGUAUAGAGUGUACGGGGAGGCAUAGAGUACUGAAUAGAGUGUACGGGGAGGGGUAGAGUACUGUAUAGAGUUUACGGGGGGGAUAGAGUAUUGUAUAGAGUUUACAGAGGGGGGUGAGUACUGUAUAGAGUUUACGGGGGGGGAUAGAGUACUGGAUAGAGUUUACGGGGAGGGAUAGAGUACUGUAUAGAGUUUAUGGGGGAUAGAGUACUGUAUAGAGUUUACAGGGGGGGUAGAGUACUGUAUAGAGUUUACGGGGGGGAAUAGAGUACUGUAUAGAGUUUAGAGGGGAGGGAUAGAGUACUGUAUAGAGUUUACGGGGAGGGAUAGAGUACUGUAUAGAAUGUACGGGGAGGGAUAGAGCACUGUAUAGAGUGUACGGGGAGGGAGAGAGUACUGUAUAGAGUGUACGGGGGAUAAGAGUACUUGUAUAGAGUGUACGGGGGGAUGAGUACUGUAAUAGAGUUUACGGGGAGGGAUAGAGUACUGUAUAGAGUGUACGGGGGGAUAGAGUACUGUAUAGAGUUUACGGGGAGGGGGUAGAGUACCGUAUAGAGUUUACGGGAGGGAUAGAGUACUGUAUAGAGUUGUGGGGGGGGGAUAGAGUACUGUAUAGAGUUUACGGGGAGGUAUAGAGUACUGUAUAGAGUGUACGGGGAGGGAUAGAGUACUGUAUAGAGUGUACGGGGGGAGGACGUAUAGAGUACAUGUCUUUAACCCCUUAAGGACCAAACUUCUGGAAUAAAAGGGAAUCAUGACAUGUCACACAUGUCAUGUGUCCCAGGCCAGAGUGGAUUCCAGAACAGGGAUUGUGGGCCAGGCAGGGACAGCAACGAGGGGCAGUUCUGCCUGAGAAUAGACAAACCCACCCAUAAAGGGGCAGCUUGUCAGAAAACGGACUGACUGAAAUCAUCCACAGCCGGCUGACUCUGCAUGGUCUUAAUACCCUGUUCCUAUUCACCAACAUUGCCCCCAGAAACAGGACACUAGGCAACUAACCUGGGAUGGUGGGAUAGGUGCCCAGAAUUAGGGCAGCCCUAAAAAUCCACAACUGUCGAGUAGUCCGAUAGCUGUAUUACAUCACAACUCUCUCAACUUGCUGUAUAUAUAAGAAAGGCUGAAUUAUAGAAAUGUAGGUCUUUAUUCACUAAAAGCUGAAAUGGAUUAGCAAUCUUAAAGUAAAGAGUUUUGAUUUGGGGGGCAGCUAUAGUCGCUGCUUGGCUAUUUUAAACUGUAAAACCUACUACAAUUUAUUGUUUAGUGAAUAAACCCCCUAGUAUUAUUCCCAAUCCCACGCAGUUUAUUACGUCUAAAUAGGCUUUUUUCUUUUACAUAUUUGCUUCUGCGUAUAAGAAGAGGAUUCCUGUCCAAAAUAUUUGCCAUAAAUCAUUUUCCGAUUAAUAUAAAGCCACGUAAUUUACUGACAUUCUUUGCAGUCGGUUGAAUUCGCACAGAUUUCUUGAGAUAUCCGUGAAGAAUCAGUUCUUCCUAACACUUAAUUAAAGCGUCACCUGGCCUGGUUAGUAUGCGAGGAGGAGUUUGCUGGCGUUUACAGAGCAGUAGUAUAUCAGCAGUUUAUUUGGGAGAGUCUCGGGGGUGGAAAGGCUGCUGGGAAGAAAAGACAAAAAGUAUAUGAUGUGCCCUUCAGAUGACAGCCAGAACUUGUCUCUCGAUAUUGUAAUCAUGGUAUAAGAUUUUCUGGAAAAGAUUUUCUGACUGUAUUUAGACGGAGCCCCUUGACUGUGCCGUAUUAUAGAGGUGGAAGAGCAAUCAAAGCAUUGUCAUUCCUCAUCCGUUGUGUGUAUGUCAAAGUAGGGCUGUUUCCUUGCUGAUAAAAAGGGGGAGAAAAAUAAAUACACAAAAAAGACAACAAAACACCUCUCAUACAGGUUUUUUUGUUCCUGACCCUAUCGUGCUCCUUUAACAUAUGGAGAUUUGUUUGACUAGAUACGGAAGAUGACAUCUUUUAAAUGAGCUCCGUUUGCCACCUCUCAAAGUUGGCAUCUUUCGAUUGCAUAACAUUAGUUAACGUUAGAGAUUCUAGCACCGGAAUUUCUGCACAGAUAUUGAGCUGUUUAACUGUACGCCGUUUGUUCACGUUCGCCCGCUCAUUCUGAUAUCCCCACAGGAUGUAAUCGGGAGCAGACGGCCAAUUAAUCUGGCAAUUUCUUGAAAUUAUCUACUCGAACAAUUGUCUCAGGAGGUCCAUUGUGGCACUGGGUGUAUGAGCAGUUGCCUCAACCCAUUGAAACGACAUUUCAGGACAAUUUUCCACUACAAUCACAUCCCAAUACCUCACACUAUUACCCACGUCCCAAGUCUUAGUUAUAAUAUAUGUCAAAUCUCGGUAUGCCGCACAGCACAUGCGGCUUCCAUGGGGUGCUGUGCAGCAGCCACGAAGUCUCCGGUCCCACUCCAACCCGGCCACAGUAAACUCCAUGCGGUGUUUGGUUGUACCACGUGCAGAGCAGCCCCUGUACGAUCUCUCUCCUGGCAGGACUUCCUGAUCUUUUUGGCAGCCUUGUGCCACCUGAGUCCUUGGAAAUUACAGGACACUGUAGGUGCAAACUUUUUAUAGCAUUAUAGUGACAGGUCAUAUUAUUUGGAUACAUCAUCUGCCCCUCACAGGUCACAUCACUUUGUGUGAUUUGGUGCAGGGUGAUGAUACUGUCCAAUAAGAUGUUUGUUCUCCCUAUUUAAACUUCCCUCUUUCUGGAGAUGCUUACUGUGAAGUCGUUUUGGUUUUCUCGUUAUUGACCCGGCUUUGUAUUGGACUUUUCUGAUUUUCUGGUUCCCUGACUUUGGCUUGUUAUUUCGUUAUGGAUUAUCUCCAGUGUCCUUGACCUUUGCUUCCUAUUUUGACUCUAUUUUUUGCCUAUCUAGGGCACACGUUAACCUGGCCAUUCUAAGGUUCGGUAUACGUACCUUCUCUCUUUUUAUUAAUUCAUUCUGGUUACUGUUUCCUACUUACAAUUUAACUACUAACAAAUAAGUUAUUUUCCUACUGUAUAAAAGGCAGUAGGUACAACUUGAAAUCACUAGAAGAAUUUCUUUAAAUUCUUGUAAGAUUUCCAUUUUGGGGCAAUGGAUGGAACACUGCGUUAUUAUUGGGGCGUUUAUGCAGCCAGCACCGGUGGAUUUGUCCUCAGAGACCCAGUAUUCAACAGAGAACUUCACAGUCUCUGGAAAAUAUAUUUGAAGAGUUUUUUUAUGUGGACUUUGACAGACGGUGCUUACCACCAAGGUAGACCUCCAUAAUGACAUCGCUGAAUACCACUGACCACACUGCAGCUCUGAAGAGGGAUCGUCUAAGGCACCAAUAUACAUUGAGGCAGAUUAAGGCCUGCAAGAGAGACAUUGACAUGGUUUGGCAAGGUUAACUAGAACCAGUUUCUUUAGAACGGUCAAACCAGGACUACCUGGCGUGUGCUAGAUCGAACGUAUGCACAGUAAAAGUAUGAUGCCCAUAGCUACUCGUGUAUCAUUAGAUACGUGUACUGUAUAUCGCACAAUCCUCUGACCCCCCUUGCCCUGCUGGCAUGCACUCUAAAUGGUCACUGUAUCUAUGAGGCUCAUUAGACCAUGGGUUCAGUUGUCCACAGUUUAGCCACCUACCCUCCUGAUGGAUAGGGUACGCAAGGCGGGUUGAAGUUUGCAGAAUACAAUUUAUUGCUGAAGCGGCCAAACUAGUUGUACAGAGAAGCAGCCAUGUCAGGCGCAUUAUCUGGCGUAACACAAAGCGCACAUAAGGACCUUAAGCUGGCAGAGAGAGAUAAGAUGAAAGCAGACAGAGCAGCAGCAUGCGCCUCAGGCUAAAUGUCCCCGCUCCUCUCAGCUUUCCAAUUUCUUAUCUACUGACGCUUUAAAUACAUAUGGAAAGGCUUAAAGGGACACUAUGGAUGAGAGAAAAAACCCACUUGUAGCUCUACAAGAAUGAGCGUUUGUAGCACACACACAUCUCUAUGUGUAAGCGGUUUGAGUUAACAUGAGCAGUUUUAUUGUAAGACGGGAGCAAUAUUUUGCUGCACCAACAUGUGAGCACUAGAGCAGCCCAUAAUAAAAUAUAAAGAUAAACUAAAGUAUAUAUAUUCUAAUAUUCACAAGUAUAGUGAUAAACCAACGUAUUUACAUUCACUGGUUAAUAGCUUGUCAGUAGAGACCUGUGGAUCUCUAAUAGAUAGAGUACAGGGCAAUACGUAAAGAAAUCGUGUAAACCGCUAAUAAACAGAGUGCGGGGUUAGAUUACAUUUUAUUACGAGAUACUCUGUGCAACCGCUCUUGCUGUGGGGAUAGAUAAACUAUCUAUCGAUUCCAAGCUGUAAAGUGAUGCUAUCUGAUAAGAUGGCUAAAUAUCAAAUCCUAAGUAUGUAUAACUCCAUGCCCCAACCUAAAACAUUAGCAGCGGAACAGACUCGGGAUCCUGAGACAUAGAAAUCCGUUCUUUAUAAAGCAUAGAAUAAGUAUUAAGUCUCUGGAUCACCCCUUUUAUCACAAUGCUUGUGAAUAUUACAAUAUAUAUACUUUAGUUUUUUACUAUAGUUUUAUUAUCAUUUUCAUUUAGGAUAUUCAGACUAGAUUUUAGAAUUACUAAUUCAGCAGUUUAACAUAAAAAAAUAAAAAAUUAAACCAUUCUGAGCACAGCUCUAAGUGCUACAAGUAGCUCAUUAAAGUGGUGCAAAGAGUAUGUGGACUAGCAAAGCCCCCAGCUCUCUAUACCCCAAAUCAAAGUAGGACAAGUUAAUAGAGACGUUCACUUCCACGGUCGCCGAGUGCCAGGUACAGGCCCGGCUGUGGAUGAUGGGAAUGCUGCAGCUUUUUCAAAAGUGGAUUGACAAAAACUUGGGUGACUGCGCCCACAGACCUUUUGCACCAUACCCACUAAAAUAAGGACAACCCCCCCCUCCCCCCCAGUUUCUAAAGAUAAAUUUAACAAUACAGACUCCAGUAGGGCCACGAUCCACUGACUGACAGAUGUUAAAUGAUGGCCGGCCAUCUAACAACCCCUGUGAUAUACAGUAUAGGGUUCUCCUGCCAACGUAAACCUCAUUGUGCUCCGUGCUAGGGCUUGCAAAGCAUGCUGAGAGUUCUAAACUACAGGCUGGCCUCUAUCUAACCAGGCCCCAUCAGACAGAUUUCAUUUGGGCCAUGCAGUGAUUGUAGAGUCAGCUUGGGAGAGAUGAAGACCCAAACCAGCAGCACGGUUUUGGUUUAACGAACCACUGGCCAACACGAUGAUUACUGCAAUGUCUAAUGUUUUUAUGUAUUUGAUAAAGCGAUCUGUGAGCAGACGUCAGACUGCCUCAGAACAAUACCCUGUUUAUCUUCUGAAUUCUGCAAAUAUUUGUCAACCUUUGAUGUCAGGAAAAUGCUACAAAAAAAACAAACAAGAAACAACCUGCUCGAACGGAGCCACGCGUGUUAGACUGCAGUUUGGGAGAUUAACUAGGAGCAUUGUGAAAAAGCAAGAACAACAUACUAUAUUAAACAAUCUUUUAAAGAGGCCCACGUUAGUACCAGCUGUGUCCUCGAUAUUAAAACAAACAAAAUGGUUCAGAUUUGGACUGUAACCAAUUACUAGCCCCUAGUCUCCUUACGCCAUUGUAGCAGAGCUUCCUGUACCCCAGCUGGGUACCUCUGCCAAAGACCGCUUCCUAGCUGGAACACGGGAAAUUCUCAGCGUUUCUGCCCCAGUUGCCAUGCACUGGGGUCCUCAUGCACUGGAGCCUCUCCGUCCUGGAAAAGGAUAGGAGACUAGCUUUAUUCCCUCCAAGGGACGGGACGACACACAGUUCUGGGAGCUAUAGUCCUUUACCAGACUAUAAAACCUUCCACCUCCUUCUCAGAGCCUCACGUCCACUAAUCUGUAAGUAAAUACAUAGCUCAUCCAUCGAAACUCCUAAACCCAGGAUAAACUGACAUUCUAAACAUGACCAACGGUACAGAUCUAUUAUGGGGGAGCACAUUCUUGGGGUUCUGAAAAAAAAGAGCAAUUUUGGGCAAAGUUCUAAAAGAUGAACAGUUAACCAUGGAAACCAAUGGAAUGUUCCUGCUGGUUGCUCCAGAAGUGCUCUCAAUACAUCAAAACUAUAUUGAUUACAUUUGGGUGGUGUUCUCGAUGAUACAAACAACUGUCAGUCGAAAACUAAUUAACAGAUGGAUUCAUCUGUUCAUCAAGUUCUGAAAGGAAAUAGUUUUUUAUUUUUUCUAAGUAUAUGUAAAAUGAGAAACUCAUUCAAAAGUUGGUGAAAUUAUAAUAAAAAUAUUUGUACUUUAAACAAUCAGGAAAUAGUAUCACGUGAACUACACGUUAUCUCAAACAAAGUUUGUCUGUAGUGACACAAACUAACAAACGGAGGUUGUCAUAGUUACUUGCAAUUUACUAAGAUUGGAGAUUUUUUUUCCCAUUCUGCUAAAUUGUGCAAGCCAACUGUAAACUUGCUACAAAUCACAGUUUGGUGGACAGACCCCGAUGGGAUGGGUUCGCCUACACCCGUCUUCAUUGCGCACAUAAUAUGGAACAGAUCUCCAGUUGAUAAAGAAAUUAAACAAUGGGGAAAAAAAUGUAAAUAGAUUCAGCUUCUGUGCUUUAAGAUGAUGAUUUUCUGGUACAAGUUGCUGAUUCGAGACAAUUUGGGCUGUGUUACUCAUACUGUACAGCAGUAUUCGGAGCUGAAAGGAAGUGGCGUGCUGGCUCAAGCUGUGUGGCGUGAAUCUGAACACAUCCGAGCUAUCGGCACUGAUUACCUGACCGUAAUCACUCAACCCUAAAACAACCCAGCAGCUGACUCACUCAUCCUCCAGAUUUAGCACCCUGCUAGUCAGCCCACCCACGCCAUACUGCAAGGGCCACAAAGGGAAGGAAAAAAAAGCAUUGUCAGAGAACUGCACUACAGAUGGUGUUGCUGCUUUUAAAAUUAUAGGUCGUAGUUAUAAACCAUUAGCACAUUGACGGAGGUCCUUGGUGGAUGACAUUCUGUGUUUGAAGGAAACUCCCUAAAACAGAAAUUGGGUUAAAGCCAUUAGUGCCAGCUAUGGCGCUAAAACAAUCGUGGCUUCCUAGCACUGCAGAUGUUUAUAAACUACAUUGUCCAUGAUGCUCAGCAAGCGUCAAAGGCAGAGCCAAAGUGAGAUAAACUUGAUCUAAGAGGACAUUUCUUAGUAAAUCACCUAAAAAUCAGUUGACAGAUCUAUAGAACCUUGAUGUAAUCAUGCAUUUCAAAGAUUAAUAAAAAUAAAGCCAGAUCCAUAGAAGGACUCCAUUUCACCUGCAGGAUGCACAGAUUUAUAAAAUAUUGAUCACACUCAUUGCACCCCUCAUUACCAUUUCCGAGGCACGGCGCCAGUUCUAAAAUCACAUUACAGAGGAUAUCACAAGUCGUCAUUAAGGUGCUCGGUAUAUCUGUGGGCUCGUAUGCCACAACCAAGAUUAAGCACGGUGGGGGGCUCAGAGAGUGGGUGAGUCCAUCUCCAGGACCACCAGAGCUGUCCCCCUCUAAAUGGACACCAUAAUAAUUAUGUUACCAUGACAAUACGUACUCUGUAUUGGAGGGACAAAUUAAGGUCUUCGUCUUAACAGCAUUUUAUGGCCGAGCAGGCCUGCCUUACAUCCUGCUUCUGUUCACAUUCCUUUAUCAAUUCUUUGCCGUUCAAUCACCGAUACAACGCUGUAAAGCGAUGUGGAAUAGGUCAGCGCCAUAUAAUUUAUUAUAAUCCUUUACUACAACAAAUACACAGAAUAUGAGAACGGACAAAAUCUUAGACACACUCCAUAUCAUUUCCUUAGAUUACUCGCCGCUCAGAUCUCACUUGCGCCAUUACAGAGAGAACCUAUAUUAUUUGAAUAUCAAAACAUUUUUUAACCUGAGCAGGGAUUGCCGAAGGGUAAGCUACGGAGUUUCUCUAAGAUUUUGCCCGUUCUUUAAGCUCUCGUAGUUUCGUUUUUUGAUGCAAUAUAUUUCUUGAUACCUCGCACAUAGGCAGUCAAUCAAGAAGAUAGCACGAGAUGCAUGCUGGGUUAUACGUUCAAGGACAAGAGACCUGAAAUGGGUGAUUAAAUAGAUCGAGCAGGGGGUACUCGAAAUGAAUCCUUUUAGCAAACUAUUGCUGACAUGAUCGAUCAGCUGGAAAUUCAGUAAAAAAACUUCUCAUUGGUGGUCUGCGAUUGGACAGCCACAGAAAGUCUGGGCGGGGUUAGAAGGGGAGGGCUUGUAAAGGCUGCAGAGUUCUGCAGUUAUUGCAUGCGGUUUUAUAUACAUAACAAUGAAAAAAUAUAUAAUUUAUAAUUAAAUGCAUAAAAAGUUUUGUUGAGAGUAUAUCUACUAAACCGAGAUUUUUAUUCUAUUUAUAUAGUGGAGUGUCUGUUUAAUUCAAUCUUGGUUCCAGCUAUUUCCCCUCCUUCCCAUGAUGAUUUUAUUCCUGGUGACAUUAAUUCCUCUUCACUUAUUGUGAUUACAUGUAUUGCCCUCUGGCUUUCCUGCAGACACGCUGAGAAUGACUGCUGACUUCUCACUCACUCCAUUAAUCUCUCAAGGCCAAUUCGUUGCUCGCAGCAUGGAGGGGUGAGAUGGGGGGGGUGCAGAUUGUUACAUCCAAAUAAUUGUCCUAUUUUCAUUAUUUGGGAUUCAUAUUGCAAUGAAAAAGCACAGAAUCUGCAAACUGGAAAACAUUUUCAAAGAAUAAAAAAAAAAAAGUUAACUACGAGUGCAUUACGCAUUAGGCAGGUCAAACGGUCCCUUUCAGAUGGUUUACGUAGGACAAAAAGGACUUCCAUUGCCGUAAGGACUGGGAGAAAUGAUCUGCUAUUAAGCAUGGACGCCCCAAGCUUUUACACCGAUCCUCUGGAAGCACGGCCACAGCUCAUCGCUGAGUCACUCUUAUACAACGUACAUGCUGCAUGUUUACUAGGCCUGCCACCAUUUUAUCUAUAACAAAGGCCAACUUUAACGCUACACUGAACAAAAUGGCUGCUCUGGAAAAUAAAUUGCAUACUUUGCUGCAUAUCAUAUUUACAGUAUAAAUCUAUCAAAAUUCAGAAUUCGAGCACUGGUUCGUGGACAUACAAUUAUAAAUAAAAAAUUUAAAUGAAAAAUUCUGACAAUUAAGUAAUUUUCUCUCAAAACAAAAACACACCUGGGAACGAUUAAACGUAGAGCAAUGUGAUUAUUUUUUUGAAUUCUAGACUUUUUAUACAUAAGCAGCUCUCAUGACACAAUUUUAAGAUAUUUUGAAAAACUGCAUGAUUUUUUUAAUUAAAUGACCAUUUUGUUAGCAAGGAAGUUGCCAUGGGCAGGGAGACUAAAAACGGCAUUUAUAACAAGAACAGUGUUCUUUCUAAACAGAUUUAUUGUAGUUUAAGACACAUUACUGGGAGUAUUAUUACUGUGGAGCUCUGUUAUACACUCAGAGACAUUACUGGGAGUAUUAUUGCUGUGGAGCUCUGUUAUACACUCAGACACAUUACUGGGAGUAUUAUUGCUGUGGAGCUCUGUUAUACACUCAGACACAUUACUGGGAGUAUUAUUGCUGUGGAGCUCUGUUAUAUACUCAGACACAUUACUGGGAGUAUUAUUGCUGUGGAGCUCUGUUAUACACUCAGACACAUUACUGGGAGUAUUAUUGCUGUGGAGCUCUGUUAUACACUCAGACACAUUACUGGGAGUAUUAUUGCUGUGGAGCUCUGUUAUACACUCAGACACAUUACUGGGAGUGUUAUUGUUGUGGAGCUCUGUUAUACACUCAGACACAUUACUGGGAGUAUUAUUGCUGUGGAGCUCUGUUAUACACUCAGACACAUUACUGGGAGUAUUAUUGCUGUGGAGCUCUGUUAUACACUCAGACACAUUACUGGGAGUAUUAUUGCUGUGGAGCUCUGUUAUACACUCAGACACAUUACUGGGAGUAUUAUUGCUGUGGAGCUCUGUUAUACACUCAGACACAUUACUGGGAGUAUUAUUGCUGUGGAGCUCUGUUAUACACUCAGACACAUUACUGGGAGUAUUAUUGCUAUGGAGCUCUGUUAUACACUCACAUUACUGGGAGUAUUAUUGCUGUGGAGCUCUGUUAUACACUCAGACACAUUACUGGGAGUAUUAUUGCUGUGGAGCUCUGUUAUACACUCAGACACAUUACUGGGAAUAUUAUUGCUGCGGAGCUCUGUUAUACACUUAGACACAUUACUGGGAGUAUUAUUACUGUGGAGCUCUGUUAUACACUCAGACACAUUACUGGGAGUAUUAUUGCUGUGGAGCUCUGUUAUACACUCAGACACAUUACUGGGAGUAUUAUUGCUGUGGAGCUCUGUUAUACACUCAGACACAUUACUGGGAGUAUUAUUGCUGUGGAGCUCUGUUAUACACUCAGACACAUUACUGGGAAUAUUAUUGCUGUGGAGCUCUGUUAUACACUCAGACACAUUACUGGGAGUAUUAUUGCUGUGGAGCUCUGUUAUACACUUAGACAUUACUGGGAGUAUUAUUGCUGUGGAGCUCUGUUAUACACUCAGACACAUUACUGGGAGUAUUAUUGCUGUGGAGCUCUGUUAUACACUCAGACACAUUACUGGGGUAUUAUUGCUGUGGAGCUCUGUUAUACACUCAGACACAUUACUGGGAGUAUUAUUGCUGUGGAGCUCUGUUAUACACUCAGACACAUUACUGGGAAUAUUAUUGCUGUGGAGCUCUGUUAUACACUCAGACACAUUACUGGGAAUAUUAUUGCUGUGGAGCUCUGUUAUACACUCAGACACAUUACUGGGAAUAUUAUUGCUGUGGAGCUCUGUUAUACACUCAGACACAUUACUGGGAGUAUUAUUGCUGCGGAGCUCUGUUAUACACUUAGACACAUUACUGGGAGUGUUAUUGCUGUGGAGCUCUGAGAGAAAUAGAGAUUUAGGCCCAAAAUAGAGACUGUCCCUCUUAAAUAGGGACACUUGGGAGGUAUGGGAAUUGAAUCAAUGCUUUCCUAUGAGAAGGAUUGGCCAUGCGCGUGGCACUCACCAUGCACCAUGUCCCUGAUACUCCUUUAUGGCAAACAUUGGAUUAGACACUGAAGGAGCAGGACCUCCUUGAUGAUGUUGCAGGAGGUGGAGCAGCUGUAAAAUAGUAAAAUGUUGUUUUUAUAUAUUUUCAUGCCAAAAGGGGAGGAAUGGGGAUUAAAUCUAUCUAGUGAUACAGGGGUACUAUAAUAUUACUAGUACAGGUUGUUUGUGUUAUUUUAAAUAUUCUGGGAGGUGGGGAGGGAAGCGGUUUGGUGCCCAACUUCCUGUCCAUUUUACCCGAUCAGAAAAAGGAAACUGAAAAAACGAUUUCAAGACAAACCUAAAACGAACCUUAGCUGGGCAGACAGGAGAGACGGUAUGAGAACAGCAAACAAAGGCAGUGAGGACCAUAUACCAUCAAUUUCCAUUGUGAGAGCCUCUGACCCCAAGUCCUUUAACAUCUAUUUAAAUGAAAGUCAUACUAAUUAAAAAAAAAAUCUAAAUAAACAAAAUCACAUUAAUUUGCCCAAUUUAAAACAGUUAAAUAUGCAAUGGAUAAAUAUAUAUACAUAUUCGAUCAUACUAUACAGUACUUAAACACACAAACCCGCAUAAAGUGGAACAAAUAAAACGUAGCUAUAAAGCCAAGCAGAGAGCAGGAAGAGUGAUACGUUUAUAAAACACUAUCAAACGCUAACAAAGUUAGCAGAAUCAUGUUUGAGGACCAGGCUGUGUUUCUUGGUAUUUAAAUCUGAAAUCUCACUAGGUGAUAACAUCUGGGUCUCUCAGUUGUAGAUUAUUCCAGACAUUACCAACGCAAAACAUCAAAUGUCUACAAAUUACAUGUUCUCUUUCUUACAUUUCUAUUAUCUUUUUUUUUUUUAGGAAUCGAGAGCUAUGUGGGAUUCUGA